GGUCAAAUGAUUGUGUAAGGAUGCAUGAGGCCUUCUUCCCCAUAUGCCUUCUACGUGACUAUCCAUAUGCUCUGGAAUGUCUGACCUGUUACGACAACUUUCUUAUCGUUGGUACAAAGCAAGGCCUGUUAUUAGUCUAUGAAGUGACUCCGAAAUCAUUGAAUCACCCCGUGUACUUCAUACCACCGAUCACCUAUCGAGAUGGACCCAGAAAGAGUAUCCGGUUAAGACUUGAUGACUUAUCACUCACUUCUGAUUCCACGACAGCACAGGGUUCUGAUGUGUCUUCCGUACCCCAUCCCUCAUUUUCCACCCGAGUCUACACCACUCGGACAUUUGGAAGGAAGCCCAUAUUACAGCUGACUGCGCUACCUGAUUUGGAUCUUUUGCUGGCGCUAGCUGAUGGCCAAAUGAAUGUUUACCAGUUGCAGAAUUAUCAGUUGGUCACGAUUGUCCCCAUGAGUAAGGGAGCCUCAUUGUUCGCACACUUUACGACACCAGCUAAAGGGAAGCAGGAAUCCAACCCAACGAAAGGGACCGUAUCUUCUGGAAGUGACUACAUCGCCGCGUGCUUAGCCACCUCAGUGAAUUUGCGAAUUUGUGUGGCCGUGAAGCGGCGUUUGAUGCUCUGGCGUUGGGAUCCACUAGGACAGAAUUUUGUCUCUCCCGGUGGAUCAGCCGACACAAUCACACCGGACUGGUUGUCGGAGGUAACCGUCUCCGAUACUGCGCGCGUCCUUCAAUUUUACGGGUCAACUCAUAUUAUCUUGGGGACUCGUGCCGAAUAUUUGCAAAUCUCAUUGACCACUGGAGAUAUUCGAUCCAUCUCCAACCCCGGGCGUAACCAAUUACCCCUGAUAUCCUUUCUACCCGCUUGCUUUCACACGCCAACUCCAGAUGUGCAAGUCCAUCAGCUUGUAAGUGGAGAUCGUCAGCAUUCGACCGACAGUCAAGCCGAUGCACUGUCCUUGUCCAGCACCACUAGCGCAGUUGCGGCGGAACAUAACUCGUCGUCUUCAUCGAAUGCGGCUUCACUGACCUUUUCUGACGCACCACUUGGAUUGGGAAAAGACGAUGUACUUGACGUGCUUUCCUCCAGCCUGGAGCGUAGAUCCAUGACCAAAAUUCGUUGGACUGGUGCACCUCGCCAUUUACACAUAUAUCCGCCGUAUAUCAUUGCGGCAAUGGAACAAUUUUUAGAGGUACGGGUUGCGGAUCCAUGCGAACUGGUUCAACAGAUACCGAUUGCUCGCGUUCAAGCGUUUUGCCAUCAGGGUGGCUGGCUUUAUGUUGCGACAGCCCCUGCCUAUACAAGUCUGAACGAGAGCACCAGAUCCAAUCCUUCACCUCAACGCUCCUCCCCAACUAUACCAGAAGUGCCAGGCAAAUCUCCUCGACCUAAGACCACAGAGAGUGGGAACGAAGUGUGGGUCAUUUUACCAGCCAAUCGAACCACAUUGGUCGAACGGCUUGUCAAAGUGAAGGAGUUUGAUUUAGCCCUACUCUUGGCCAAGGAAGCACCGUGGAUGGGACAAAAUCCGAUUGAGACACGACCAAUCGCCAUCCUACAGGCUUACUACCUGUACCAACAGCAAGAAUUCGCACGCUCCCUUCAAAUUUUCACCCAGCAAUUGGUCGACCCUUCUCACGUGUUGGGGCUUUUCCCUGAUUUGCUUUCCGAUGAAAUGCAGUCAGAGCGGCAGUAUCCUGUUGGUCACGUGGAGUUUGAUUUAGCCCUACUCUUGGCCAAGGAAGCACCGUGGAUGGGACAAAAUCCGAUUGAGACACGACCAAUCGCCAUCCUACAGGCUUACUACCUGUACCAACAGCAAGAAUUCGCACGCUCCCUUCAAAUUUUCACCCAGCAAUUGGUCGACCCUUCUCACGUGUUGGGGCUUUUCCCUGAUUUGCUUUCCGAUGAAAUGCAGUCAGAGCGGCAGUAUCCUGUUGGUCACGUGCCCGUCGACCGUGCGCAAUUUUCGAAUGCGGCGGAACCGGUCAUUACCUAUCUGCUAACUUGGCGUCGACUCGUGCAUCAAGCGCUUUCGUACAAUCGCAGAAGAAUCUUCUCUACAAGCUCCAUCCUGACAAGGGACUUUCAUGUUUCGGCCAACUCCGGCGAAAUUGCAGACGUCACCAUCCGCUGUUACCCGAUUGUGGAUGGUAGUCCUACAAUCACCUCAGCUUUAGCACUCCUUGGUGUAAUCGACACCUGUUUACUAAAGUGCUACCUGGCCACGAACACUGCACGAGUCGCACCGCUGUUACGUCAGGCGAAUUCGUGUAACCUGGAGGAAUCCGAGAAGACUCUUCUUGAACAUCAUCGCUAUCAGGAUCUCGUAAUGCUUUAUCAAGCUCACGGACUGCAUCGGAAAGCACUUGCCGUGCUGCAACAGCUAGGCCUUUUGAGAUUGAAGCGGUCCGGAACGAAAUUGACCCCAUCCACCUUUGAACAUGCUGCUGAAGGUAUAGUCUGUGUGGACGCAACCAAAGUUUAUUCUACGGAGCUUGAACAGCUUGGAGACCCACGGCAUAUGGUGAACUAUUUUCAAAAUCUCGGUCCUACCUCCUUCGAUUUAGUAGCUGAGUUUGCUGGUUGGAUAAUGCAUAAUUACCCGAUCGCGUGGAUGCGCAUUUUUACCGCAUGGGAGCGACAGUUACACACGGAACGGCUGUCUGCGAUGGCACUUACGCAAAUGACGGGUCGGGAGAAAAAGUCUAGUGUUUCAGCGGUUCCUUCGUUAGCCUAUCGAGGUCAGGUGGUGAAGUUCUUGGAAUCACAAGCUAUUCACUUGAUGAUCCCUUUUUUGGAGCACCUGAUCUUCACGCGACUAGAUGCUGAUGUGGACAGCGAUGAAGACGAGGAUGAAGAGAUUAAUGGACUCAGCACUGAAGGUAUUUUGGAUUUGGAAGAGUGUCUGGGGCCUUCUGACGAUGCGGCCAUCUCCGAGCGUGGUGUUUUGGAGACUUCUGCCGGACAAACCUCUCGUAUUGACGAUCAUUAUCUCAAGGACGGAGCUCCUCUUUCUUAUGCUGUACGUAAUUCUCUAUGGCCCCUACCAGGAUCCAAACGUAUUUCCGCAGCAUCGUCGGAUUUUGCAGAUCCGGACUUAUUGCCGCCCAUCAUACGACACUCAGAAGAUGCUGAUCCAACUGAAUUGCACACACGCUACGCUGCAGCACUCAUGCAAGGGGCCCUAACUCUGCUGAUCCAUGUGCUGGAUGACUGGGAUAGAGCCGUAUCUCAUUGUGCAAAUGUCUAUCAGCGUGUCAGUCAUACAAUGUUGGAAGAAAAGCUACCUACCAGUUCUCACAUAGACUUUAACGACAAACGCGCGUCUUCCGUUCAACCCACUCCAGGCCUCCCAGUAACUACCCUGUCACGGUCCCCUGCCCGUGACUCGCUUGGUCCAAACCUAGAAUUCUGUGGUUCACCAGCAGCUGCAUCGCAUCAGCUGGGUGACGGGUCGAUUGUUGAACUGGAAGCAGGUGGCCACGAAGAACGUGAUAUAUUCUUCCUUUUGGUACAAAUCUGUAUACAGCCACCGGAACCGGCUUCACUAGGGAUUAUCAUCCCAGAAAUCCCAGGUGAAACUUCAAUUAUCUCCGAGGGGUUCUCGCCCAAGCCGGAGAAGGCAAUUGAAGUCUUGCGUCGUUUCGGUGACCGCGUGGACGCUGCUAAGGUGGUGCGAAUCCUGACAAACACCAGGCUAUUUGACGUGGCACAUUUUCUCAAGGACGUACGUCAGGCUUCUGAGAAAUUGUCCUGUAGACCCCUUCAACUGAAACUGAUUCCAGUCUAA